AUGCUACAGAACAUGUCAGGGGUGAGCAGUGGGCAUACCAGGAGGCGAGAGGAGUUUAAGGUUGUGAUAGUAGGUGAUGGUGGAUGUGGGAAAACCUCCCUACUCCAGGUUUGCACUAAAGGAGACUUUCCAGAGAAAUAUGUACCAUCUGUGUUUGAAAAAUGUGUCGCCAACGUGCGGUACAGAGGCGAUGAGUUUCGUCUGAACAUCUACGAUACUGCAGGUCAAGAGGACUAUGACCGAUUACGUCCUCUGUCCUAUCAGAGUGCCAACCUGAUAUUGAUCUGCUAUGAUGUCACUUGCCCCUCAAGUUAUGACAAUUUGCUAAUCAAGUGGUUCCCCGAGGUGCAUCACUUCUGCCGUGGCGUGCCCAUUAUACUGGUAGGAUGCAAAACAGACCUGCGGAAAGACAAGGUCUUGGCAAAGAAACUGUGGUCUUCAGGCGAGAACCCCAUCACAUACAUCCAGGGUGAAGAGACCAAAAGGAAGAUCAACGCUGACCUCUACUUGGAGUGUUCAGCCAAAUACAAGGAGAAUGUGGAGGACAUAUUCAGAGAGGCUAUCAAACGAGCCAUUGCAGCAACAAGGAAGGCAAAAUGGAAAGGAUUCUGUGCCUUUCUGUGACCCAAGAGAUAAUGCUAUCCCCCACCGUGAGCUCCUGACAGUACUCUGGACCUAUA